AUGUUAAGAAUAUUUCUAUUACUACAAUUUGCUUUUUUAUCUUACAAAAUAGUUUCUCUAGAGAAAAUAGAGGAUAUAAUAACAUGUUUGAAGGGAACAGAGUGCGAUGAUUCUGCAGAUACUAAUAAUUAUACAGAAACAUAUGAGGAAGAUGGUCUUUUAUCAAAUGUCACCAUUACAAAUUUUUCUGAGUCUACUUCAAGUAUUAAUUUAAUUAAUAUAACUCAAGAUCCACAAUCUGAGAUAACGACUACUGCACCAUCAAUUAUAAUGCAUAAAUUUGACCCAGAAAUAGAAAAUAUUAUAUACAAAAAACAGUCUGACAUAUGCGAAUGCGAUUUAACUGUGGCAUCAUGUGACAUCAAUUGUUGCUGUGAUAUGGACUGUAAAGAUCAUCAUUUAAAAGUAUUCACUCAUUGUAAAGAUUAUCAUACAGAGUUGUAUGAUAGUCGUUACUGUUACAGUAGAAACUUUAUUGAGAGAAAUAAUACUCCUUUCAUUCUCGAAAAAUUAGCUAAUAAUUUAUUCUGCAUUCUUUAUGACAACCUUCCACCUGUGUACAGUGUUAAUAAUAACUUGGUUAUUAAUAAUCAAAAAGAUUUGUGGAAAGAGAUAAACAAAGACAAACCAAAAUGGAAAUUUGAACAUCACCAAAGUAUGUUUAUGUAUAAUAUCACUAGUAUCUAUAAAGAAGGGGAUCUUGUAUGGAAAUUACAAAAUAAUUACAUAAAACCCUUAGAAUUACUACAAACAGGCUUUACAGGAAAAUGUUCUUUUAAGAAAACAAUUAGAUAUCUUCAGAAGUGGAAAGAUUCUUGUAUGCAAGUUGAGUUAGCUAAUACAAACCAAUUCUUGUUCCCUUCAACAUAUAAUAAUUUUACGAUUAUUAAGUCUUUGCAUUUAUUUAAUCAAACUUACAUUCUUUUGUCCGAUCAAAGUUGUCCCAAAAACGUAUGUUUAUCACCGAUCAGUCAUUAUUGCAAGAACUCUUGGAAUACUUGCAAUGACACAGAAAUAUUGGGUUCUUGUUCAAAGGGAAUGUGUCGGAAUAUUAUUAAAGGAGUAAAAUAUCUAAUAAGCCAUAAUGGUACUUUUGGUAUAGAUUCUAUUAAUAUACAUUUUUUAAUGGGUAAUGUUUCUCAACAAUUCUAUCAAUCCUUUGAGGUAAGUUACGAAUGGAACGAUCGGAAUGAAAAAACAAUAUUUGAUCGUAGUGGUAAUCCUGGCUAUAUUCGUGGAAAACCUUUAAUCAUAGGAACCAUAAAGACAAAUAAGAGUAAUAAUGUAGAAUUUCAUUACGUCAGUUUUAAUAAAACUAAAAGUUUUCUAACUUUGCCAUUAGGACAACAAAAUCGUGAAUGUAGUCAAAUUAAUAGAUACAUCGUAGCCUUUGGAGAAGACAUUAAAGUAAAAUGUUCUCUCACAUUAAAUACAACUAAUUUUACAACAACAACUUGCAUAGAAUUGCAUAACAAAACUUUGCAUUUUUUAAUGGAAGAUACUUUGCUUAACGUAACACAAGCUGAUCAAUAUCUUAUACAUAUCUCAAAAUUAGGUAAUUCUACAAAUAACGAUACUUCUACUUGGGUAAAAAUCUUACUUGAUAGAGUACCUCAGCACGUAAUAACAGGUCAAAUUCUCAACGGUUGGAUUCGAUGUUCAGGAUUAGUAACAUCUAUAAAAUAUGAUAUAUUGUAUUCCGUAUUAUCUAAACCAGAAAGUUUAACAAAUUAUGACAUAUUAGGUGUAGGUGUUACAUUUUCAGAAGAGACAGAUUUAUCUUGGUCAAAAUGCAUAAACAAGAAUUGUACAGACGUGCUUCAAAUCGAUAUUACGAGUUUUGUAACCUUUCAUGAUGUAUCUAAGCCAUCCCGAUAUUAUUUCGCAGGUGGUCCAAAUUUGGACUUGACAUUACCUUACGACUUCUUUUAUCCUUUUUUAAGUAACGGAGAUAUAAGAAUAAAACCGUCCAUAAGUUUAAUAUAUAUCGUAGGUAUCGUUUCUUACGCUAUUAAUAUCAUGUAAAAAUAAGUGCACUGUGAUUAUCAUAUUCCUCGUUAUUUAUUCACACUCAUGUAUUGUAUACCUAAUUAAACUUAACGUUAUAUUUUCUACAUGCACCAAAGAGAAUGGUAAUAACACGCUCGAAAGGAAAUAAUGUAUAAAAAUAUUUUUGGUAUGUUCAUUAAAACGAUGUUUUGCGUAACAGCA